GCAUCCAGGCUAGCAUUUUCCCCCAGCCACCUCCACUCCUCACUCAGAUAACAUGAGACACACACACAUCAUCCUCUUUGCAGGAGAACAUUGAUUUUACAGAGGGCCUUUUGAAAUAUACUAAUCAUGAUUUUUCAUGCACUUUUUGAAUAUAUGGACUUUACUGGUUGUCUGUUGUUGAGCUUUGUAGUGUUACUCCUGACAGAUGUGGUCAGAAACUGGAGGCCACACAGCUUUCCACCUGGACCCUGGGCUGUGCCUUUUCUUGGAAAUGUCUUCACAGGACUUGAUUUCAAAACAUUGGAAAAGCUUUCUCAGGAGUACGGUCCAGUGUUCAGCCUGAGGAAAGGCAGUGAAAGGAUGGUGUUUGUUUCAGGAUACAAGAUGGUCAAAGAGGCUCUUGUUAACCAGCUAGACAGCUUUCCUGAUCGACCUAUUGUCCCUCUCUUCCAUGUUAUCUUCAAGGGGCUUGAAAUAGGACAGCUCCUGUUUCUGAAACAUGAAGAUGGGCCGGCUGUGUGUGCUGCCUGCUCCAGCCUGUAGGAAAAAGCCAUCCUUAGCUUUCCCGGUGCUUCAGCAGGGACUCCAGCCUUCCUGCUCUGUCAGGAAACCACCGCAGGAAUGAUCUGGUCUGCAGAAGUCAGCAUUGUUGGUUUUCUCCGUCGGCGUCUGAACCCGGACUCCCCUUGACACUCUGGAUUCCUUGAUCUCCUCGAUCAGAUGUAGUCAUCAGGCUGAAUGGCUUCAUCAGCAGGAAUCUGGAGGCUGCUUUCACCUGUGAAUAAAAUGGCUAUGACAAGCCGACGCACUGCCUUGCAAAAAGUCAUAUUAUUGUUUUCAUUGUUGGGAAAUGUCUAGGUGUGAAAACAAGGAAGAAGAAAAAAUGUGAUAGUUUGUCCUUGAUUUGUCCAUUAAUUUCUCAUAGAGGAGAAAUGUUUCCGCUGUCAUCUGUGUUUGCCAAGACAAUUGGCAAAAAGCUUCAGUCCAUAACACAAUAAAUGAGCCCAAAAAGUCAUGAGUCCAUU